AGGUAUUUACUUCGUACCUUCGUUUAUUUUUAUUCCUGCCCAAAUUAAAAGAAAUGAUCGGGCUAUAACAAACACAUUUCUGAUGGCUGAGUUUAAUGGCUCCACGCCACAGUUUUUGCAUGGCGGUGAGCAAUUUCCUGUAAAUAAAAUGCCUGGAGCUUUACCGAAUGGUGUACCACCUCAAUGGGGCCAAGAAGUAGAUUUUAAAACCAAUGUUACUAGUCAAACACCUGCACAUAUUACUACUACAAAUGGCACAAGGAGCUCCUCUCAACAUAGUCAUCCAGGUAGUCUUUCCUCACAUUCAUCCCGAGACUCAUCACCAGCUCCCUCAAGAAUUGGUGUAGUUCAUCCCAAUGCUUGGUCUCCAUCGAAUGCUCAAAAUCAUAAUACCCAAGUGCCAGCUGACAAUCAGACAGGCAACCAAAUUCGAUAUCAACAACCACUCCAACCAUCACCGCUGGCUAAUCCUGCAGGAUCUAUUGUAAAUCAUGCUUUACCCCCAGUUUCGGGUUCUACAACAAACUUUUCACCACAUGUAGGCCAGAGAAUGCCUCCAGUCGGUCAAGUUCCAGCAAGGGCUCAACAAACUAUUCCAAACUCUUCGACUGCCCCUCUGCCGAGACUACCUACGUCAGUCGGUAAUGCACCAUCUCCAAUAUUUGGACAACCACCUUCUCAAGCAGUUGAAGCUGUUGAAAGUUUUGCUCCACAAACCACAUCACAUCCCCCUACUGGAAACCAUCUGUUUACUUCUACUGCGGCUUCUCAAUCUCAGCCACCUCAAGCUCAAGGAGGUCCUAUUGGAUCAGUACCAUUAUCAAAUAUUUUAUCCCAGAGCUCACGUGGACCUGUUCAAUAUUCUCAAGCUCCUUCAAAUUUAUCAGUUGGGCAGCAGCAAAAUCCUUUACAAGGCCAAGGGCGGCCUUUGGGUCAAGCUUUUCCUGUACAGGCAACUCCCAGAAUGGCACCACCAACUCAAUCUGUGCCAGCUCAAUUAGCAUCCACACAAAUGCCUUCCAAUUCAAGGCCGCAGCUGCCAACAAGUCAAGCACAGAUCCAACCUGUACAGCACGUAUCCUCGAGUCAAAUGCAACCAGUCAGACAGAUGCCACCUGGUCCAGGGCAGAUGACAUUUCCUUCGGGUCCUGGACAGCAACCCCCUUUUGGUACUGGGCAGCAAACUGCUCAUGGACUGGGACAGCAAUACCCUUCGGGUCCCAUCCAACAAAUGCCUGUAGGUCCUGCUUUAGGACAGCAAUUACCACCAGGUCCACCUGGUCCUGGACAGCAAUUACCACCAGGUCCACCUGGCCCUGGACAGCAAUUACCACCAGGUCCACCUGGUCCUGGACAGCAAUUACCACCAGGUCCACCUGGUCCUGGACAACAAAUGCGGCCAGGUCAAGGACAUCAGUUACCUCCUGGUCCAGGUCAACAGAUGCAGUAUGCUCCAAGAGCAGUCCCUCCAGGCCCCGGAACACAGUUUCCUCCACCUUCCGGUCAGCAAAUGCUCUCUCCUCAAGGACAACCUGUAUAUCCUGGACAACAAUUUCAAUCUCAGCCCACUUCUCAGUGGUCUUCUCCAUCCCCUGUUGGCCAUGCUGGCCCUCAACGACCAGCAUAUCCACCACAACAAAUGUCUACCUCUGCCUCUCAGCCUUACUCAAGUCAACAGCCAAUUGGAGUAGCAAACCCUCAACUUAGCCAGUCUCUAUCUGGACCUUCUUUUCCAAGGGGUUACAUGCCCAAUCAGGCUAGCCAGCCUUCAGGACCAGGAGUUACUGAUAUGGGCCUGAGGAGAUAUCCGCAGCAUCCACAGCAGGCUGGUCCAGAGAGUCUCUCAACUCCUAUGUCAAAUUUGAGUGUGACGCAAGCGGGCUUCAAUAAACUUUGGGGUCAGGAACAUUUUGAUUUACUUCAAAGUCGAAACAUCCUACCCCCUGAGAAAGUUGAGGAGCCAAAGAUUAGACUUGCUGGUGAUUUCCAGCACAGUAUAAAUUGUAGCCCUGAUAUCUUUCGCAGUACACUUACGAGGAUUCCAGAAACUGAUUCUCUUCUCAAGAAAUCUAGAUUACCAUUGGGUGUGCUUAUUCACCCAUUUAGAGAUCUUGCUAACCUGCCAGUGAUACAGUGCACACCGAUAGUUCGUUGUCGUGUGUGUCGCACAUAUAUCAAUCCUUUUGUCUAUUUUAUGGAUGAGAAGCAUUGGAAAUGCAAUCUUUGUUUUAGAGUUAAUGAAUUGCCAGAUGAAUUCAACUUUGAUCCAGCAACUAAAACAUAUGGCGAGCCCAUGAGAAGACCUGAAGUGAAAUCGGCCACUAUUGAAUUUAUAGCACCUGCUGAAUACAUGCUUCGGCCACCACAGCCAGCUGUGUAUCUUUUUCUGCUGGAUGUCUCUCGUCUUGCUGUGGAAAGCGGAUAUCUGCAGCUUGUAUGUGAAACCCUUUUAUCAGAACUGGACCGUCUUCCCGGUGAUGGACGCACAUCAGUUGGAUUCAUUACAUAUGAUUCUUCAAUUCAUUUCUACAGUUUAGCUGAAGGCUUGAGUGCACCACAGCAAAUGGUGGUCAUGGAUAUUGAUGAUGUGUUUCUACCAUGUCCAGAAAAUCUUUUAGCCAACCGUGGAGAACGUAAAGAACUAAUUCAAAACCUAUUACUUAUGUUACCAACAAAAUUUUCUGAAACAUAUGAUACAGGAAGUGCUCUUGGAGCAGCUUUACAAGCAGCAUUUAAGUUGAUGAGUCCAACAGGAGGACGUGUUACAGUGUUCCAAUGCUGUUUACCCAAUAAGGGUCCAGGGGCUCUUAAGGCAAGAGAAGAUCCAGCAAAUAGAGCGUCAAAAGAUGUUCCUCAUUUAAAUCCUGCAACGGACUUUUACAAACAGCUUGCCCUUGAAUUCUCAGGACAGCAAACUGCUGUUGAUAUGUUCCUAUUGAACCAACAAUAUUCUGAUCUUGCCACUCUAUCUGGAUUCGCCAGAUUUUCAGGUGGAUGCAUCUAUCAUUUCCCCCUCUUCCAAUCAAGUAAUAUCCAGUUGUCAGACAGUUUUGAAUCUGCUUUCCGUAGAUACCUAGAGCGAAAGAUUGGAUUUGAAGCUGUGAUGAGGAUCAGAUGUAGCAGAGGAUUGUCUAUUCACACAUUCCAUGGCAACUUUUAUGUUCGGUCUACUGACUUGUUGUCCUUACCCAACAUCAAUCCAGAUGCAGGCUUUGGAAUGCAAGUUUCAAUUGAAGAAAAUUUGUCCGAUAUGCAGAAUGUUUGCUUCCAAGCUGCUUUACUCUAUACAUCAGGCAAAGGAGAGAGAAGAAUUCGUGUUCACACUUUGUGCUUACCAAUUGCCGCAAAUUUGCCUGAUAUUUUGCACAGUGCAGAUCAACAAUGCAUUAUUGGACUAUUGGCUAAAAUGGCUGUUGAUAGAUCUCAGCAAUCUUCAUUAUCUGAUGCUAGGGAUGCAUUUAUAAAUGUGGUAAUUGAUGCACUUUCUGCCUACAAAGUAACUCAAUCAUCUGUAAUGGGAGCUGGCCUUCUUGCUCCAACAAGUUUGAGGUUAUUACCUCUCUAUAUUCUCGCUUUACUAAAAAAUGUUGCCUUUCGAUCUGGUACAACUACAAGACUUGAUGACCGAUUCUUUGCUAUGUGUCAAAUGAAGACAUUACCCCUUACAAAUCUUAUACAAUUCAUAUAUCCAGACCUCUAUCCAGUACACUGUUUGGAUCAGCUACCAACUAACAAUACUCCAAAGCAUGAAGAGGUACUGGUUGAUGAUAUGCCAGUUACCAUACCGCCAAGACUUCAUUUAUCUGCAGAGAAAGUGAAUUCUCAAGGUGCUUUUCUUUUGGAUGCUGGAGACCAGAUGCUACUUCUAGUUGGCCGAGCUAUUUCUCCAAUAUUCUGUGAAAAUGUGCUUGGAGUUUCUUCUUUUAGUGCCAUCCCAGAAGAUAUGUUUGAGCUACCAGAGAUUGACUGUGAAGAUUCAAGAAAGUUAAGAAACUUCCUUACUUACCUUCAAUCUGAGAAACCAUAUUUUGCAACACUUCACAUAAUCAGGGAAGAUAGCAAGUUCCGUGCAAAGUUCUUCGACCGUCUUAUUGAAGAUCGCACUGAGUCAUCAUUGUCCUACUAUGAGUUUUUGCAGCACAUCAAAAACCAGAUCAAAUAAAGUGCCUUAUUAAUCGUUAAAUCUAAUUGUUUAGUUAAUAUUUUAAGCACUUCUUUGAAUCUGUGGUAAAACAAUCAUGUUAGGUACUGCUGUUGUGUUUCUCCAAUUUUUGUUUUAGCUUAGAGGUCCAGACCCUAAUGGUAUGGUUGUUGGGGAAGUUGAUUUAACAGAAAUUUUUGAGAAAACUUUGAUGUCAAGAUUAUAUAGCCCUUACUGGUCCAUUAUAAUAAGGGAAGAUUGAAGGCUUUUUGUAUAUGGUGAUAUGGUGCUUUAUUAUUUUGUAUCUUAUUGUGAAUAUUUGUGGAUUUUUAUUGGAAACGUUUCCAGAAGAUGUUACAUAUAGAGUAUCUGUGUGGGUGCUUGUGGCUGUAAGAAUUCUGCUUAUGUGUGACUGUGAAAGUGUGUACUAUAUUGUUCUGUAUGUGAUCAUUUUGCAUACUUGACUGUUGUAACCUGUAAAAAUGAAAUGAAUUUAUUGUGAGGUAAUUUAAGAGUGACUGCAUGAUAGAAAAAAGGAUCAGCAUGCAAAGCAGUCUUUAAAAUGUGCGUGCUUAUUUAACUCAUGAAAAAAAGAGGUAUAUACCUGGCCAGGAGUUGUAUCUUUUCUAGUUAGGAUUUCCCUGAAUAUUGGUGUGAUCUGCUAUUGUAAUUACCUGACAAAGGAGCUGUCUACCUCAUGUCGCCCCGUGCCAUUCCCAACAUGUUCAGCCUCUUAUUUAUAUUAAGGGUUCUUAUUGCAAAAUCGGCUAUGUACAUCUGAAAAUGUGAUAAUUAUCUUGCUUCUAACAUAAAGGAAUUGUACAUUACCUCACUGCCAUGGACAAGAAUGACAUUGUGGCCUAGAGUACAAUAAUCCCUAUUCAAAUUUAGAUUGAUCAUUUGUGGUAUUUUUCCAUUUCCUCGUUUAUUAGACCAAUUUUUUAAAAAUAAUAUUUUAGUCAUUAUGUAAAACAUAUUGAACCAUUGCCAGUCAUUUCUUGUUUGCCAACAAGUUACUUCAUAAGUUACCCUGUAAGUCACCGUGCUACAUUGUAGAAUACUUCAUAAUAUUGCAAGAUGAACAGUUUUUAAAAGUGAUUUUAAUGGUGCCCGGGAAGCUACCAAACAAAGUGUUGAAAUUAGUUGAAUAUGAUAGCAGUAGUCUUCAAACACUGAUCCUAUCCCAAAUUUCAAUAUAUAUGUAUGUACAAAAUACGGGGUACUAUGGUCUAAGGUACUAAAUUUGUGUUUGGAUCAGAUACUUUUACAUUUGUUCACUAAAUUUUUCUGAAGAUUUUUUAGUUUUAGGUACUGAUUGACUCACCAGACACAUGAUUUUGUAUGGCCAACCAGCACCAAAUACACCUAAGAUUAGUGAAUGUUUUUCAGCUGUGGUGUUAAAUCAUAUCAGUUUUGCUGUGCCAUUAGUUUGGUCACGUAUUAUUUUAAAAUUUCCUUGUGUCUAUAAUACCAUGCCAAAUUUUGUAGGCGUUAUGCUGAUACUUUUCUGAGAGUACCUUUCUACAUUUACAAUAACUAUGCUGCAAUUCCCAGUAGUUAAUUUUCUUCAGCGCUUCUGGUUCUGAAGAUUCUUUGCUACCUUUAAUUUUAUUCUUCCAGGUAUAUGCCUCUUUUUGCUAAAAAUCGUGUAGACCAAUUGUUCAAUUUGGGAGUGAAAUUUGUUGGAAGAUACAUUUUUUUCAUUUGCUAAGUAAGGGAGAGAUACUGUACUAAUGUAGAUCACAAUUGCUCACAUCUUCUUUGCAUGAGAAAAUAUAUUUUAGUCAAUGUAUUGUGACAACAAUUGUUUUCUUGUUAUCAUUAUUGUUAUGAAUGAACUGUAUAAUAAGUCACAUGUCUCACUCUAUGUAAAUUGUUAAAGAUAAUCAAGUUAUCUCUGGUAAUAUGAAAUUCCAAUAGUAUGACCGUUUUCGCUCCCCCCAAAAGCUAAUGUAAAUAAAGUAGCAGUGUUUUCAAAUUAUUAAAAAAUUCACAAAGGAAA